AUGGCAGAUAGUGAUGAUGAAUUUGAGAGGAAAAAAGGCAGAGAUAAAUUCAGGAGUGAGCGCAAUGAUUAUGAUCGUAGAAGUGAUGGCAGGCGCAGAGAAAACUGGGAUGACAGGUAACAUAUAAUUCAUCCUACUUCAAGCAAUUGAUAUUUUCUUCUUUUAUUUUCCUGGUUAUGGCUGAGGAUCAAAUGGGGAUGGUCAGUGGAUGAAUCUGAUAUGUUCCUGAUUUGCAACUCAAACUCCCAUCAGUUGUUUUUGUUUCACAUUAUCCCUUCCUCAACUAAUAUUUAUUGGGACAUUUUUCUUAACUUUUCAAUUUCUCCUCCACCUACUUUUCUUCCCUAGAGUAAUAUAACAUGCCAUGGUUUUAUAAUUAUAUUUUAAUUGUUACAAAAUAUGAAGAUCAUUUAUAGCAGACUAACUGAUGUUUUUGAAUAGAAGGAAUAAUUUGUUUUGUUUCUACUGGAAGAUAGAGAAAUUUCAUUGCCGUUUUCUUUUCACUUUUAGACGACCUGCUGUGAGAGGAGGACAGUAAGUAUUGUUUUGUUAGCUUAAAUUAGAAGAUAAUGAAUUCAUUCAUUGACAUUAGAUCAUGUAGUGUCUGAAAACAAAUGUUUUUUAAAAUGACUAACUAUUCUUUUUCAUGUGUCUUUUUUUUUGUAUUUACGAUGUGUAAUUUAGUCUAAGGGGCCCUAUGUGUCACUUUGAAAACACUUAUUUAUUUAUUUUUUUUUUAAAUUUAUUUAUUUAUUUUUUUUACAAAUUCAGAAUAAAUCAUUUAAAAAAAAAACUGAAAGCACAAAUUGUCGCAAAAGAAGUUUCAUGUUAAAAUACUUAUUGAAAUUUAACAAUUUUAAUAGAGGAUGCCCAUUUCUGAUUACAUUUUCAGUCUUCUCUGAUAUAUAAUAAAAGUGCCUAAUAUGUUUUUAUUAUUGUUAUUCUAUGUAACAGUUUUUAAAGUUAAAUGUUGAUCAAAUUUUAGAAAUGACGCAAAACAACUCAUUUCUCAGACAAAUAACUAUAGAAGAUACCACUGGUCUGUGAUAAAUUGGUCUCAAGCAGUGUGCAAUUUUAUACUGGACGCUAAGCUAGUAUUGGAGUACCUCUUAAUUAGUAAAAUAUUAUCUUUAAAAAUACAUAUCACAACUUAAAUGGACACUUUUAAGUGAAAAGUCUUAAUUUCGCUCUCUAUCUAAUUUUGUAUUAAUUACAGUAAGAUGUCAAUAAUCCAGACUAAUUGUGGGUUGAGCCUAACUGAUUAUCCUAAUUUUAAAUAUUUAAUAGACAUUGGUUAUUUGUUGCAGAACCUAGUUAAUGUCUUAUUCUUAUAUUUGGUUUUGUUUAGUUUUGUCCAAGUCUUUUGCAAAGAAAGAUUUCAGAAUUCAAAUUUUUUUUCUUUUUUUUUUGUUUUUUUUAAAAUAAAUUUUAAUAACUAAUGGAAUUUCUAUUUGAUCCUCCUUGGAGCUUUAAGCUAUCAACUUUAGAGCUUUAAAAUCUUAAUUACUUUUAACCUUGUAAAUUAUUUCUCUAAUUGUAAUUAUUACUUAUCAACGAAUAAAAGUCUAGAUGUUUAUCUUGUCAUCCAUUGUGAACAAGCAGAUGUUAUAAAUCGGGGGUCUCAAACUCAAAUUAUCCGCGGGCCGCAGGAGGUAGAGUCUGGGUGAGGCUGGGCUGCAUCAAGUAUUCCACAAAAAAGUGAUUACAAAUUCAAUAAAGUACAACUGUUACAAUCCGCUAAACUUUUAUUAAUAACAAAUUAAAACAUUAAGGGUUCUCAAGAACUAGGCCCCACUUACUGCCUCCUGUUCCUCGUUACCAUAGACCUGGCAGCGCUUCUUCUUUGCUCUUAGGGAGAUUUAGAAACCCACAUAAUAAAUGAGGCUGCAUUUGUCAGAGAGUGAAUUCCCCAAUAAUGACGUAAUUUUCGACGUAUGAACUAUAUAUUGCUCGAUAAUUUGAAAUAAUGAUGUAAUGUUUCCAUAAUGGUUUUUGUCGUAUAUCAUCAAAGCUGAAAAGAGACGGUUGGUAACAAUGACCUUUUGGCUGAGAAUCAACAAAUAUUUUUCGACAGUUUUAGUUACAGCAAACAAAUAUAUGUUAAUUACAGCAAACAAAUAAAUGUUAAUUUUGGCAAAACCAUAACAAAUCACUGCACAUACUUACGCUAGUUUGUUCCAAAAAUUAGGCCAACAAGACAUUAAAACUUGAAUAUGAACCUCGCUUCACCUUUAAACUCCACAAGUACACCUGGCCGUCUCAUUGCCUAUCAUUGAAAUCGGCAUUAUCUUCUUGGUAAGAAAAUAAAAUUCCCGGUGAUCUAAAGUCAAACCAUUUAGCUAAUAAAUGCUAUGAAAAUAAUGAGCUUCUAGUAAACGAAGAUGAAAAAGCAUACAUUAAAAAUAAAAAUAUGGCGAUUCCCAAUAGUGAUUUUAAAACUAAAUGCGUUUAAACUAAACGAGGAAUAGGAAAUAUUUAUGAAUUAUUGAUGCGAAGGAAGAUGCCUUUGUAGGUAAAAUAAUUUUAAUCUUUUGAUUGACUUACCCUAUUUUGAAAGUGAUCAAGCAAACAGGUUCGGAAUUUCCCUCACUCGACAUUCGUACACACUAGAUUGCUACAAUUUACACAAUUAUGGUUGUGCAUUACCCACUGACUUUGAAACUUUUGAUAUAUGUAUAUACAAUGUUCGAGGCUUGUUUUCUCUAAAUCGCCCUGUGGCCAUGUUUGUCUCAUCAAAUGCUUUCAAAUAAAAACAAACUUCUAGUCACAUUAUAGAUAUGAGAAAGGGGAAAAUGCGCGGGCUGCAUUAACACUAAACUUUACUGUCAGGUAGCGGGCUUCAAAAUAUCGUCUUGUGGCCCGCGAGUUUGAGACCUCUGUUAUAAAUCAUGGAUUCAUGACAAAAUUGUCAGCUGUUUCCUUCUGUUUGAAAUUAUUUCUUUUUUCUACAAUGCUUCUGGCAUAGUUUUUUAACUACAUAGUGCAGAAGUUGUCACUUACUACCACAUUCAAACUUUUGACUCAAAUGAUUAAAUGCCACUGAGUAUUUAGAAAAAUGUAGGAUGUAUCAAAGCUGACCAGAGUCCAAGCAAAUUGUUUCUAGAAGUUACGGUUUAUGUUUUUUGAAUUAUAGUUAUCUUACUAUGGAAAGCAUUCAGGUAAAAUAGCAACAACAAAGAAAACAACUCUUAUUAAAUCAAUUUUUAUCAAUACCAAUAUGGUGACAAUAGUUAAAAUAAUGAUAUCACUCUCCUAUUUAAGCUCAUCUUAGCCAUUAAUUGGACCAUUUAUAACACAUGUGCUUAUGUUAUUGAAGUUGAUCAAAAGACCAUCUCCUGGGUUAUAACCCUUGCAGUAACUGAUGUAUUGAUAUGGAAAAUAAUUAGCCAUGCUGUAGGCACCAACAAAGUUCAUCAAUUAUUUAGUUUUUUGCUAUUCAAUAAAUAGUAGAACAAGAUAUGUUUAGGCUUGAAAAUAAAAGACAAGACAAUUUAGUGGACAUUUCAGCUAGAAGCCUUCUUCAGCAGACUAAGACACUCAAUACAUUAAACAACAGGCAUAUUUUAUAAAACAACAACUUAGGUUUAGAAGAUCUCAAAGUCAAUAUAGCUCAUAUCUUCAGAACAGGAAGUUCUCUAUGUCUAUUGCUAAAGACAAGAUUUCCCCUGACUAGUCUUAUUUAUAAAUUGCUUUGAGUGCCUGCCCAUUUUCUUUCCCUUGUGUAUUGUGCACUUGGUGAUAACUAUGCAUGUUCUAAGUAUUCUAUAGAUACAUCAGGAGAAAAAGGCAAAAUAUGCUUUUCCUCUUUUUCUUAAAUAAAAUCUUCAAUCUACAUGUCUCGCUUAUAGUCUGUGUCUUUUAAUCUAAUAGCUGAAUGAAAUCUUGGUGAAACUCCUAAACUUCAUUUUCAUAAGAAAUAAAAUAGAAAUUUUUCAUUUCAUGACAUUAUUUGAAAAGUUAAAUACUUGACCUUUCAGAGUCAAACAUUAAACUGUUUCAAUAAAUAAAAAACCCAUUAAAUUGAAUAUGAUCUGUAUAAAAAUGCUUGCAGAUAAAGUAUUUGACAUUUCUGUUGCCACAAUGCCCCGUAAUGCGUCUUUCUGUUGUUUCAGACGCGGGUGGCGGGGCAACUCGUGAGUAUGAUUGUUACCUAUGUAGCUGUCAUGGGUCGUACUCACCAUCACUAAACAGUUUCUUUCAUGAAUGUUUUGCUUUUCUUUACUUUAUUGUAGACAAAAAAUGUUGCAAUUACUUUUUCAAAAUGUUUCAUUGCAGCUUUCAACCGUUAGUGAAUGAAUAUAUAUUUUUUUUAAUUCAAUGUUUUUUAAACUAAAUUGACCAGAGGUUCAACUCAGAGAGUAAUUAUUAUUAAGAACAUGUUAGAAUGAUUUGCAACAGAAACAGCAAAUCCAUUAUGACAUAGACAUAAUCUAUUAAUUUUUACACAUAAAAAAACAAUGCAUGAAGCAUUACAGCCUGCACAAAAAACACUGGCUAUUAUUAUAAAUGUAUUAAUACUCUAAUGAGAUUAUGUUUUUAAACACACACAAAUGUUAACGCUGAACAAACACUUAUAAAAUAUGUGUGCCUUAUAAACAGUUGUUUUUAAUGUUUCUUCUGUAGUGAAAUGAAUACAUUUAUUUUGUUGGUAUUUAUAUUUACAAUGCAUUUCUGAAGGAAUCUGUCCAGUUUUUUUAAUUGUGUAAAGAAGUAGAAAAGCUGCUUCUUUACUGUAAAAGUUUUGAUAGGAAAUGUUUAACUUCUAUAAAUACUUUUUACAAGCUUAAUUUUAAAAAAGAAUUUUUGGCAGAAAAUCAUGAAUAGCUUAAUGGAAUCCUUAUGUUUAAUUUAAAAAAUGUAUUUUAAAAUAUUUUAUUAAUGGUUGGAAUGUUACUCUUGACACUGUCUUGCAUGAUGUUAGCAUAAAAACUUAAUCUUAAGGGCAAUAUCAUAAACUGUCUGCCUUGUGCUAUAAACACUGAAAGUGUUGCUUUUCUCUUUACAGAGGAGGGAUGAGAAGGGAUAUGUGGUCUGGCAGAGGUGGCAAUAUGAGGGAUAGGAGAGACACAUAUUCACGGCCAUACGAUGACCGCCGUAGAGAGCGUUACAGUCCUGGAAGAUACGACUCCAAUCCACAUCCACCAAAACGUAUGCGGAGAGACUGGGACGAAGGUGGUUACACCGGUGUUUAUGAAAGCCCCUUCCAGGUCAGCAAUGGGCCCCCUGGAGCAGAUAGAUCAAAUUGGAACCCUCGUGGCAUGGAAGUCAGUAAUGGUCCUCCUGAUCGAUUAGGAUUUGGAGAUCGAAGGGAUACUGGGUGAGUUUUAUUUAUUGAAAUUAUUUCAUGUGGUACUGACUUCCAUACCCAUUUUAAUCUCCUGAGCCUACGCCACCUGAUGCCUACAGGUGGGGAAUGUUAAAGAAGAGUGUCAAACAGUGAAGAUCCACCAAGAACUGUGCCUGCAUUACGACUGAAAAUCUAUGUAAGCAAAAUAACACUGUCUACAGCAAGGUGGUGCAAAGUAAUAAUAAACAUUUACGUUAUACAUACUGUGGUAAAUAAACAUGCUAAAAGUUUGUAUGUAUGGUUUUACUUUCAUGGGAUGUAAAUUUACAGAUGUUCGUCUUUUCUUUUCAGUAGUUACUUUGGCUCGUAAUGUAUAUAUAUCUUUUUAAAAAUUCUAUGUUGAUAAAGGGAUCCAGAAUACCCAACUCAACCCCCAAUGAUGACCUUUAAGCAGUUUCUUAGCAAGCAAGAUGAUACUAUUUCUCAAGAUGAGGCCAUCAAAUUAUUUGACGAUUACAAGUUGGACUUCAAAAGGCAGCAGAUAAAUGAAUUUUUCCUGGCCCAUAAAGAUGAGGAGUGGUAAGAUAUUAAUGGAUUCAUUGAUGCAUGUUUUAAAUUUGUAAACAGUUGCUUUACCAAUAAGAAGCAGUUAACCUGUUUUUGUUUUUUGUAGUCUGCUACUUUUGAGACUUUUAUUGUUAGUCUGCCAGUUAAUUUUUUAAUGACGUCUGCAGAAAAGAAGAAAAGACAAUAUUGGGUUUAUUCAUUUAAUGAUACGCAAUUUUCAGAAAUAACAACAUUGCUUUGAAGGAAGUCACAUUUUUUCCCCUCUCUGAUUGAAAGAGCAGAAGAGUUUUUAAAAAAAUCACAGAAUUAUUUAUUAACUCUUCCGUUCUGUUCAUCAGAAUUUUUUUAAUGAUGCAUAUCUCUUGUUCAACAGCAGUGAACAGAAUAGAACAUCAUCUUGUACUCUCAAUUUUAGUGGUAGGGCACACUGCGCACAAUGCAGUGUUUAGAUUUAUCAAAGUUAUAGGCAGUUGCUAGGUGUAAAAUUCUCUGGACUUAUAUUUUCAUGGAUUUCUCACAUCAAGUGGAGAGAUUUCAGUGCAUUAAAUUCAAUAUGAAAUAAUGGGAAAGUGAUUUCAAAGUGCAUAAGAGAGUUGGAAUAAUCAUCAGGUAUCAAUUCAGGUGGUUUGUUGUGUUCUCGUGGCUGUUUUGUCCAUCCCACAUCUUCCACCAACAGAAGUCAUUUCUAUGUUAUAGGCAUAAGGCUUGUUUCUUUUAUUUGUUUUUUUAAACUUAAGAUUGUCAGUCUUCAAACACAAAGUGGAGAGUGCUACAUGAUUAGUUAUUCUGAAGAGUCGUACAAGGCUGGUUUAUUUUAAUUUUUUUUUUUUGGCUAUAAAUUAUUAUUUUCUCUCUCUUUCUCUCUCUUUCUCUCUCUCUCUCUCUCUCUCUCUCUCUCUCUCUUUUUUACCUUAAAAAAGUUAUCAUUGAAUAUACACAAACUUUCUUCAUCUGCUCAAUGAAAUAUCAUUUCACUAAAGAAGUUCCUUAAGUUUCAUUUUUUUUAAGUUGUAAUAUUGUAUACUUUUACCACCAUUAGGUUUAAAUCGAAAUACCACCCAGAGGAAUGUGAAAAAAGACAAACUGAAAUAGGGCUGUCACUGCAAUCCAGGAAGAAAGUAUUUGAAACAUUAAAGGAAAAGAAGUUUUUUGAAGGAGUAUCGGUUGAUGUGGAAUGCACAGAGCCACUUAUCAAGAUCCUGGAUGCAAGUGGGUUGCAUUUUUUACAAAUCAUUGUGUUAACAAAAUAUGUCUCUAUUAAAUUUAGGACAUAUCAACUUAUUGCAAUCUUUGUCUGGGGAUCAUUGUGUUAACAAAAUAUGUCUCUAUUAAAUUUAGGACAUAUCAACUUAUUGCAAUCUUUGUCUGGGGAUCAUUGUGUUAACAAAAUAUGUCUCUAUUAAAUUUAGGACAUAUCAACUUAUUGCAAUCUUUGUCUGGGGAUCAUUGUGUUAACAAAAUAUGUCUCUAUUAAAUUUAGGACAUAUCAACUUAUUGCCAUCUUUGUCUGGGGAUCAUUGUGUUAACAAAAUAUGUCUCUAUUAAAUUUAGGACAUAUCAACUUAUUGCAAUCUUUGUCUGGGGAUCAUUGUGUUAACAAAAUAUGUCUCUAUUAAAUUUAGGACAUAUCAACUUAUUGCAAUCUUUGUCUGGGGGUUUUGUUUUGAUCAGCUGAGUUGAAAGUUUUGUUGGGGGAUUUUGUUUUGAUCAGCUGAGUUGAAAGUUUUGUUUGGGGUUUUUGUUUUGAUCAGCUGAGUUGAAAGUUUUGUUGGGGGAUUUUGUUUUGAUCAGCUGAGUUGAAAGUUUUGUUUGGGGUUUUUGUUUUGAUCAGCUGAGUUGAAAGUUUUGUCGGGGGAUUUUGUUUUGAUCAGCUGAGUUGAAAGUUUUGUUGGGGAAUUUUGUUUUGAUCAGCUGAGUUGAAAGUUUUGUUGGGGGAUUUUGUUUUGAUCAGCUGAGUUGAAAGUUUUGUUGGGGGAUUUUGUUUUGAUCAGCUGAGUUGAAAGUUUUGUUGGGGGAUUUUGUUUUGAUCAGCUGAGUUGAAAGUUUUGUUGGGGGAUUUUGUUUUGAUCAGCUGAGUUGAAAGUUUUGUUGGGGGAUUUUGUUUUGAUCAGCUGAGUUGAAAGUUUUGUUGGGGGAUUUUGUGUCAACAAAUUGGCAAGAUAUGUUGGACAUGUUUUUAAGGUUCUAUAUUGAAAUAUUUUAACCAUAUCGAAACCAGCACAUUAUUCAGAUGCUGUCAAAUCCCAUCCUUCAGAUUCCAAGGGCUUAACCAUUUGGCUACACCCACUUUCUAACCUCUGCAUUGCAAAAUUUCCAUAGAAUAAAAACAUGUGUUAGAGUCUAUAAAAUAUUUUUAUUGCGUUUUACAAGUGUUUAACCCUGUAACUGUCAAGAGCAAUUUUCUAUAGUUCUAUAGCUUCAAGCCAUUUUUAGCAAUUUAAUAUGCUUGUCAAAAAUGAAAAAAAAUUCCAGACUAAAUGAAUUGAGAGACCCUGUACAAGUAUACAUUUUCUGAAAGUACAUCAGACAAGGUAUCUUAUUGGAUGAAAAGAAUUUUAUAUUAUUUAUGUUGAUAUUGACCAUGACAUUUACAGAGUGAGUAAAAUUUUACUACUCAGCUUUUGCAUUCAACCCACUCUAAAUACUCGAUAAAAUGCUAAUACUAUCAUAAAAUCAAGUUUUAGAUAUUCUAGAAGCAAUAUUCUUUCAGAAAAUGACAAUUUAUAGUUACUUAUAUUGACAAUAGUGAUAUUGGUGAAUUUCAUUCAUUACCUUCAAAUUUCUGUAAAACAAAAUACAAGAGGGAAAGCACGAAAUGAGUUCAAAAAAGUCUUUUCAUUUGACGUUAUUAAAUCCAUUUUGUAUCAAUUAAUACUCCAGAACAUAUGCAAACAUAAAUAGCUCAGGGGUAGAUUUUUGGGAUCAAAUCCGUCCACCCUUUCCCAAACAAAUUUGUCUUAAUACGACUAAGCUUAGGGAUAAAAUUGUCAAUAUCUGACUCUUAUCUCGACAUCACCGCUAGAGCUAUUGCUGUCAUUACUAGCAUGUGGAAUAUCUCUGAUAUCUUUACUUUCAUCGUAAUAUAUUUUAAAUAAUUCCAAAAAAGAUUUUCUGUAUAAAUUUUGAAAUCCCAAAGAGGGGCCCUCUCCGGCAUCAGGCAUUAUGGUGGUGAACAAAUUUGAGAAAAUUUCGCACUCAAUUACUUACAAAAAAAGUCCCUGAUAAAAGCAUGUCAAACACACUGAUAGUAACUGAAAUAGACAGCAAACUCAUUUUUAUAGAGUGAUUUCCCCUUAAACAAUAUACAUUCAAUCAAUUCACAUUUUUAAUGAUGAUUUUACUAACUCCUGAUUAUAUGGGCCGUGACACCACAGAACGGGGUACAACGCAGAACUGUUUAUUCUUACAAUGUACGAUUUUUAGAUGUCUUUUAUGAUUGAACGCGAGGCCCGCCAAAACUACAUACAAUUUUCAGAAACCAGGUGAAAAAAUAUAUGGGUAAAGAUUAAAAAAAUAAAUAUAUACAUUUUCGGUUGUUAACGUUUGAGCCCUUUCUGAUAAAAAUCUGGCAGUGAAUGGACCAAGAAAAAUGGUUGUAAUUUUUUAAAUGUUGGGACCAUCCUUCAUUAUAUUAUGUACGCACUGAGAGGAAAAGUGGGGGUUAUUGAUUAAAGAGAUUUGUGGCAUACGAGACGCAUGGGUAGGGGGAUUGGUGGGAGUGUCAAAGAUUAUAAAACUAUCACUGCAACGUAUCGUAUUGAUGGUGAUGAUUGUUGCUUUGUGUGUCACUAGUGAACUAGUUAGCUGCAUCGUCAGCAGUAAUAUUUAGACGAGUCGCCCUAGUGCGACAACUUCACUCACCACCCCCUUUGACUGCUACCAAGCGUGUGACGUAGUUUUGUUACAUAUAAUUACAUAUAUGUUACAUAUAUAAUUAUCUUGUUCAUCUGAACCGCGGCGAUUGUGAAAACGGAGAAAACUAGCGACGGUUUUUAAAAUAAAAUACAUUAUCCAACUGUUCUGCACUCGAAUCUUGGAUUUUGACAUAUUUUUAUUAGAUCUAGUCGGUGUCAUUAAAGAAAUAUUUUUAGAAUUUGCAAAGCAGCUCUAAUCUCCUCAACGAUUUUAAUGCAACAGUUUUGUAUCACUUCUACUAUUGUUCAUCCGCCUAAAUCGACUAGUACCAUGGAGUCUUCUGGUUGGUGGGGGGGGGGGGGGGGGGGGGCGGGGGGGGGUUUCGGUGAGCUUGUAGGUGGCUUGCUAAUCCGAUCCGUGCUUGGAAUAAUCUAUAGUCAUUUUUAAUAUAGUAGUUACUAUUCUAGUGUCUCUGGUUUUUCAUUUUUAUUUUACAUAAGCAGUUUAAAUUGGUAACAUGUUUUUAAUAAUUGUAAAGCGCUUAGAGCUGUAAGGUAAGAGCUAUAUAAAAAAUGCCUAAAUAAAUAAAUAAUCUCUGGCACUCGGGCAGGGGAUAUAGUUGGUGCAGUCGGUGAUCUAAUAUUGCUUUUUCGGGCUAGCCUGCGUGUCUGGGCUGUGGUUAUCCUACUGGCUUCAUGAGAUUUAGCACCCUUCUUGACAGCUGCUCUCCAACUGGCUCUGUCCUGGUCUGUCUGCACCCAUUUAGUAGGGUUAAGCUGAAGUCCUUUAGGGCAGCUUUCAAUGAGUCUUUGUAUCGCUUUUUUUUUAUCCCAAGGAGGUAAAGUGAGUUCUCCGAAGAAUAUCUGUUUUGGGAACCGGUGGUCUUCCAUACGGGCUAUGUGUCCCAUUCAACUGAGUUGAGACUGCAUCAGGGUGGUGAAGAUACAAGGUUUGUUCACUCUAGCGAGCACCUUUGUGUCAGGAACUUUGUCUUGCCACCCGAUGCCGAGGAGUUUCCUGAGGGUGUGAAAAUGGUUCAGUUUCUUGGCGUGACGCUGGUAGACUGUUCACGUUUUACAUCUAUAGAGCAAUGUCGAGAGGACUGCUGCACUACAGACUUUGAUCUUCAUUUCUCGUCCGAUACCUCUCAUGUCCCAAACAGUGCUGCGGAAUCUGCCAAUUAUUGUACUCGUUUUUGCGAGUGUGGCUUUCAUUUCGUGAUCCAUGACGACAGAUCUGGAGAGAGUGCUGCCCAAGUAGGUAAAUUUGUUUACCGCGUUUAGACGCUGUCCGCUGAUGGUGAUGCUGGGUUCAACGUAGGUCUUACUGGAAGCUGUCUGAUUUACCACUUCAGAGAUCUUUGUGUUGAUUGAGAGUUAACAGUCUAUAGCAGGUCUGCACAAAUCAAAAUGUAAGGCGGGCCUUAAUACUUUAUGAAAAACUUGUGAGGCCCGAAAAAUAAUAGGAUUUGAGGAAAGCUAUUAAGCAAAUAAUAAUAAUAAAAGAAUAAUACAUUACAUUACUUUACCCGGCCCAAAGCAGGUGCUUACCAGACCAAAUUUACUGAGUUGCGUUCUUCAUGGAAGGAUCCAUCAUAAGCACACUGCACAAUCUGCAAGUUGAACUUCUGAUUUGCAAUCAGAGGCAAAAGGAAUGGUGUUGAUUUAGGAGAUUUUGUGUAUGGCGCGGGUAUAAAUAUUUAAAUCUAUACAAUCAACACCGCACAUUUUCGUAAUGGCAGUUUUCUUUUUAUUGUUCCUCGGCAGAGAGUACGUGCAUUAUUAAAAAAUUCUACAAUAUUCAUCCCGAGCAAGUCCAAAACAUAAAAUACCACCCAAUUUUUAGUAGAAAUUAUUGUUAUGAGGUUGUUAAGAUGUAUUUUCACAAAUGAACUCGCUAGUUAUACUCGGUAGUAGAGAAAUUACCGUAAUGUUUAGUCUGCCAAAUGUUCAAAGCACAUGUGCAGUAAAUUUCGUUGGGCUGCGCCAGUGGUUACAAAUUUUUGUUUCCCACUGCCUAUGCCGUAUUAGGUUCUCACCACCUCCCUCUGUGAAAUUCUAACAAGUACACUUCGAAAUAGCGAAUUCAAAAAUAAAAUAAAGGGUUGGAUAAAAAUAAGUAUAACGUGUAUGUAGGUCAUACAUCUGAACGCCAUCUGUAACUGCAAACAGUAGUUACUGAAGUGGGUAACUGUUUGCACCAUGACCGAGAGUUGUCACAUUGGAUUAAAAGUGAAAAUAAAAUAUGAAAAUUUUGUAAUAUUUCGCAACGCCCCUGAGAGGAAGCCACAGCAACCAAUAUAGAAAAAUGCACAUCCCCCAUCUGGGCGGACCAGUAAAAGGACAAUGUAUUGCGCCCCUUGUCUUUGUUAAGUAAAAUAAAGAUGAUUUUGGUGCCCGUUGCUCCUCGCCACAUUCUUAUGGCCUUCCCUGAGGGCAACGAGCACCCAGAGCAAUGCAACGUAUAUUCUAGGAACCACGGGGCUGGCCGAAUCACAAGUGGUGAAAACCCGUGUCACAUUUUGUCUAUUGUAACAUAAUAUAUAAUGGAUUUUGUUAUUUUUGGGGGGGGGGGGGGGGNUUGGGGGGGUUUACUUAAAAAAAAAGUAUGCAUGCAACAGGGGGAGGGGGUUUAUUAGAUAAUUUUUCCUAAAAAAUAAAUCUCAAAUACUUGGUAUGGUGUUUUUUUUUUUAAAUUUAUGACGCCCUAAUUUGUUACCCGGUAAUUAAUUCUUAUUUAAAUAUAUUUUGUUUUAUGCUGAUCUGACUUUGUGUUUAAACUUAGUUAAAUUUCACCAUCUGUAAAACAAAGUGACCGCAGUUUGCAGUUAACGUCAGUCAUCUACUAUUUACUUUCAUUUCAAUUUGUUUCAAGUCAGCUGAACUCAAUUCCGCUGAACACGCUACAUGAGUAGCUCUUGUGUACAUUGGAUAUACUGUAUUUUUAUUUAUUUACUAUUACACUACUGUAUUGUAUGAUUUUGAGACGAUAUUGUACGAUUUUAGGAGUUUGAGGGUAAACAGAUCUGAUAACGGCCGAUUAUCCGCCCGUUACGACAUUUAUAGGGUUGAAGUAUUUUUUAUUUAAAAUUUUAAAACUAAUAUGGGUGAAAAUUGGAUUAGACACGGGUAGGUAGCACUAAUUCGAAUGAAUUAUUUUAACCCACUUUAAUAAUAAAAUUUUGAUCAUCCUGUUCAACGUGAGCCUAUAAUUAUAUCUUUUUUAAAAAAAAAUCUUAAAAUAAAGCAGUUUCUCUACAAAACUCAAAGAAUGGGUUUCACCUUAUAUUUUAUGCUGAAUCCGGGGAAAGUGUGCCAUAGUUGGUUCUAAAGUCACCAGAGGAGAAAUAAAAGCUUUAUUUAAAGAAAAGGUGUCUUGGUUUGUUUUUUUUUUUUACAGCUGUGAUUCUUCUUGAGGGAGGUAAUGACCUUGAUCUCACAAUACUGGACAAUCCGCUUGAGGAAUCUGGAGAUCGUUCUCGUCAGAAUUCAGAAUCCAUUGCGACCCCAGUUAAAAGGUAGAUCACUGUUGGUGUUUUUUCAUCCGUUGCCUCGAGAGUUAUGGAUAAUGUAAUAUACAUUGAUUCAUAUUGUAUGUUAAUAUUUAAAAAAAAACUAUUGAUUGUAGUGCAUGUAUUCUUUAAAACACAGAAUAAUUUUUAUUUCUUUAACGGACAAGUUUGAAAAUUAUCUGCAAAUGCAUGCAGGGGGUUUAAUGAUUAAAAAUUCUUAAGUUUCUCAGAUUAAAGAAAAUGUUUAUAUAGUCUGCUAAUUUUGUUUAGAAAUGUUCAUAUUUUUUUUAUAAAAAUAGGUCUUUAGUCACCAAAAUUUCAGAAACACGGAAUAAAAAGUUCACAUAAAUAUGCACAUGUAAAAUGUCACUAGACUGUAAAGUGUAAUUCACCAUACGUUGUGAUCAAACUCAAGCCUCUUAGAAGUGUAUAACGAUUGUUUUUCCCAUUUUCUUAAUGGACAACCACGGUCUCUAUUUCUUAUGGAGUUUUUCUUUAAAUAAUGGAUGAUGGAAUUUUCAAAUAAUAACAUGACACCUUCACAUUCAUAGUUUGUAUUUUUAAAAAUCAGAAUAUAAAUAACAAAUGUAAAAAUGUUGAAGUUAAUUUUGUUUUAAUAUUUUUGUAAAAAUUUUUGUAAAAUUUCAGUGAAAAGAAAACAGAUGGGGAAGAUGGUGAAUUAAGUGACUCAAAGUAAUUUUUUUUUUUUUGUCGAUUAUGUUUGUCAAACUAAAUGAAAGUAACUGUAUAAACUCAAAAUUGUAAAUUAAUUUAAAUUAAGGGCUAACAUUUAAUUUUAGUCUUUGUAUAUAUCACAUAAUAUCAAACAAAGAAUAUAUAGAAAUAAGAAAAUAAGAUAACAUAGAUUGAUAUGCAAUUUUAAAUAUUCUUGUUAGGGUGUUAAAUAUGGGUUAAUAUCUUAUUACAUUUAUACAUUUAAAAAAAGGCUUUCAAAUAUUUAUUUAUUUUUUUAUAUUUUAAUUUAAAAACGUGUGUACCAUCUUCAAAGUGUAAGGCACUUUAAAAAUUUAAGUAUUUUGAAUGAGAUAUGAAAAAAUACAAAUAUCUCAAAGUGGAACUCUGAAAUGAGAAACUUAUGCCUAGAUUUGAUCUUGUCAGAAGUUAUCUUUUGUUACAUACCAAAUUCCAGUCACUUUCAUUCUGCUAUCAUUUCACUAAAGUUUCAUUUCAGUAAAAAAGAAUCAAGAGAACUUUCACUUUUUAAUAAAGAUAAGAAUGAAUGAUAGUUACACAAACAGUUAUGAGCUUUUAAUAUCCUCUGCUGUUUUAACAUAUAAUUUGAAUAGUGACAAGCGGGACAAUGAAGAAAAAGAUGGAGAUCAGGAAAAAAAUUUGAAAGAUUCUAAAGAUGUGAGUAAAUUUAAUAGUUUUAUGAGGUUUAAUUUAACAGAUGAAAUAAUAUCAUAAUGUAUAAUCAUUAUUGUUUAAUCAUUAUUAUUCAUUUACUAAUGAUAUAAUUAUUUAUUUUAAAAAAUUAAAUUGUAGGUAAUUGGGCCCAUCGUAUAAGGGAUUCAAUUUUUAAAAUUUUAGAUAAUUGAGAACAUAUUAUUUGAAUUAGUGAUUCAAUUUUACAAAAAAAAUUUAAAACCAGCUGACAUUAGAGAUGACAAUAACACCUGAACAGGAAGAGCUGAAGAGGAAAGCAAUGGAGUUUAAAAAGCAACAAGAAGCUAAUGCUGCAGAGGCAAAGGUACAGUCCGGGUUUAUUUUUUGCAUUACAUUUGGUAAACUGGAUAGUGUAAGAAUUUAAGAAUAAGGCUUGAAGAGGCUUAAAAAACUUUGUGCGUCUUACACAUCUCAUCAAAUCAUACAUUUUUUAUUUUAUGUCAUUAGGAGAAGGUGGAGGGGGAAAAAACUAUUCUCAAAAUUGAGGUCUUAAAUAAACAUUUUGUUUCUUCAUCCAAUUAAGAAGCAGAGCUUAAUCUUUAAAUCUAUUCAAAUUUGACACAGUUAAAUAUUCCGGAUUCCAUGACUUCAAAUUAAUUGUUUUAAAUGCUUAAAGGUGCCGUUUAUAAUGAGUAUUUAAGAUGAGUAAUGUACAAUUUGUAUGUGUUUGUUGCGAUGUUUGGUUAAUUCUUAUCUGAUAGAAGAUUGUCAUGACUAAAUCUUGGCAACUAAAGACAGUUAAGUCAAAUGUUCAGUACUGCACUUUUCUCAGGCACAGCGCAGAAAGAAAAAAAGCCAGAGAAAGAAAUCAGAUUACAGUUUUGAGAGUGACAGUGAGUCUGUGUCUGAGUCUGAUUCUGACGCUGAGCCAGCCCCACCAGGUAGAUCAUUUGAAAAGAUGUGCUCUCAUUGACAUUCUCUUAGUGACAGAAAUAUUGUGUCAAUAUUUGGUUUUAAGAUGUCCUCUCAUUGACAUUCUCUUAGUGACGGACAUUUUGUCCAUAGUUUGUUUUAAGAUACAUUUAAAUAUAUUUUAGUAAAACAAGAAUGUUUUAAUCAUAGGUCUAGAGGAAGAUGCAAGCCCACCUGGAACAGAAACUGAUAAUAAGGAGAAAGUUGUCAAUGGAGGUAAAUAAGCUUAUCAUUCUUAUAGUUUAUCAGUACAGCAAUUCAUGUCUUGUGUUUGUAUGGGGAGCCAAUAAUGGUCACUUGAUAUCUGACAUUUACACAUUUUUCUUCUAGCUGGUGAUAAUAAAGAAAUGAGUCAGUCCAUUGAUGACAAUAAGGAGAAAGAGGAGGUUGUUGAGCCAAAGCCUCGACCACUUCAUCGGACAAACUCUAUAUUCCUGAGAAAUUUGGCACCAACUAUCACCAAGCAAGAAGUGGAGGCUGUAAGUUUUGACUUUUUAUUAAAUAAAUCUAAAUAGUUUCCACAUUAUUUUUAAGUUAUUUUUAUUUGUAUCACAGCUAAAGUAUUAUCAAGUUAAAAAGCAACACUCAAUCAGAAUUUUUUUGCAAUUUAUUUUUUUAAUUAUUUUUUUUUAUAGUCCUUAAUAUGUAUAACAUAAUUCAGGGUGUUUCUAAAAAUAGUCUUACAAAAACAGUAUAUGCUUAUAAAAUGUAGAUUGUAAAUGGUCUACUAGUGUAAUUGAUGUAAUACUUGCUAUAAGACUGGGAUAGUCUUUAAUUAAAUCCCUGUCUAAUUAUAAUCUAGACAACCACAUUGUAAUUUUUAACCUUAAAAUAUUUAUAAUAGUUGUAUCAAAGCAUAAUUUAUGUCAUUUAUCGUAUGAUAAACAUCAAUAAUUUUAUUACUUUAGAGUAGACAUGGCACUUCCUUAUUCAUUUGAGAUCUUAUUAAUCAUAUUUAUUUUUUAGGUUUGUUAUUUAUUAAAAUUAUUUCUCUUGAUUUUUGUUUAAUCUUAUUUAGAUGUGUCGUCGCUAUCCAGGCUUUAAACGUGUGGCCUUGCAAGAUCCUCAGCCAGAGCGCCGCUUUUUCCGACGAGGGUGGGUUACAUUCUCAAAAGAAUGUAAUAUCAAGGAAGUCUGCUGGAGUCUCAAUAACAUACGGGUCUGUAUGUUAAUCAGAAUUUUAUUAUUUGAUGCAAACAUUUGUUUAAAAUGAGGCCUUUUUUUUUUAAUUACGUCUUUGAUUGUAUAUUUAGCAGACUUAUUUACCCUUAUGAUUUUGGCAUACAAUGUAGGAAUUUGAGAUGCCUUUCACGGUUGUACGCAGAGAACUGUUAGAACUACAAUUUUAAGAGACCUGGUUUAAAAUAUAUACAUUCCUUAAUUUUUUUUCGAUUAAAAAAUUUUAAAUAAAUUAGAAAGUACAUCUUCAGUAGUGCAGAAGACAGAGGUGAAUGGAGGAGGAUAGUUCACAUGUCAUCUAUGGCGCCCCAACGGCCCAAGGACUAAGGGACAUGAUGAUGAUAUCUUCCGUUAUUAUUUUUAACUUGCAUUUGCAUUCUACAUCCAGCAGUGAAUUGAUCGAGAAAUAUGAUUGGUUGGUGACCCUCUGUAAUUAAAUUACGUUUGCCCUGAGAGUUUUACAAUAAUCAUCCUGAAAGUCCAAAAAUAGCAUAUUAUGGCAGUGUUUUGUAGGAAUUAUUGCCAUGUAUUUAAAAAAAAAUGAACUGGCUAGAUAGAUACACUCACAUGGAACUCAGUAUAGAGGUGUUACUGUAAUAAUUAGUCCACCGUAUGUUCAACGUGCAUAAGGCAUAUAUUUCGUUCGGCUAUGCCAGUGGUUCUAAAUUUUAUUUUUUUCUGCGCCUAUUUCAAACUUAUAUUUUCACCGGGCUCCCUGUGUUGAAUUAUAACAAGUAAAUUUCAAAAUAGCGCAUACAUAAACAAAAUAAAAUAAGGUUUGGGUAAAAAUAAAUAUAACUUUUAUGUAGGCCACUCAGCGCGAUCUAAUAGAAGCAAACAGCAGUUACUCAAGUGGGUUACUGUUUGCACCACGACCAAAAGAUAUUACAUAGGAUUAAAAGUGGAAAUAAAAUAAAGAAAAUUUUGCAACACCCCUGGGGCGAACCAGCAGAAGGAAUAUUUUAAGCGGUCCUUGUCUUUGUUAAGUAAAUGGGAUUUUAUAGUUUAAUUCACUACUAAGGUCCUUUCUAAAGAUGAUUUUGGCGCCUCCUGAUUUUGGCGCCCGUUGCUCUUUGUACCAUUCUCAUGUCUCUUCCCGUGCUGUAUGACCUGAUUUUGUGACAGUUCGUCCCCCUAGAAUAACAAUGUUCUAUGUGACCUUUUGAUCAAACCGAGAUCAUUUGAAAAUUUGAUGUUUGCUAUGGAUAAACUAAAAACAUUUUUAUGGAAGUUGUUGUUAUUUUAUGUUUAUAUUGUCAAUACAAGGUUUGAUCAUUAAAAUGAAGUUUCUAUAUUUUGAUUUUGAUUUUAUAUGAAUUUUUGAAAUUUUUGAUAGAACUUUGUAAUUCUGAAAAUGCUAUUUCACUUUAGAAUAACAAGGUUCUAUUUUUUUAAGACUAUGAUUUAAGAAGUUACUUUCAGGAAUAAAUACAUAUUCAUUAUUUAGAUUGCAAAUACUAACAAGACUAAAUCAUUAACAAUUAUAUUGAAAAUAAAGACAAAAAAUAUUUCCUUGUCUAUAGUUUCUUUGUAUUAAUUUAUUAUUACAAACAUGAACAUUCAUUAGUCAAUAACAUGGUUUACACACAAACUUGAAGUUUCUGCAUUAUUUCCAUUCAAAACCAGCUACCAUACUACAAGUUACAUAUUUAAGUUAUAGUAUUGUUAUGCUAUAGUAUUGCCUGUCUAAAUCAGGCAUGACCUUAGGCAUGUCUCUAAAAUCUGUUUUCUUAGCUUCAGGCACUUUGUUAGACGACUUUGGUUGAGGCAAAAAUAUUUGGGUUGAUUUAAUUGGUACACAAAUUUUAGGUUUUCUUAAACUCAUGUUUUCAAAUGCUAUGUCCUUAUGGCUAAAUCUACAACCAACCCAUGGCUUAUUUGUAAAUUUGAUUACACAUACUUUGGAAUAUUGUGCACUCUGGUAUUGAAACUUAUCAGUACAUGUUUUAAAAUCUUUGAAGUCAUUUAACCUCAUUGCUUCAUCUGUACGUUUGUAUAAGGUUUUCUUCUGUUUACAGUUUUAAGGACUCUUAUUAGACUUAGUGGUGAAAACACUUUACAAUGGAUAAUAGUAUUCACUGCUAUCACUAUCAUAUUCGCUUGACGAAGAGCUUGAAAAACUAUUUUCUAGUGAGGCGUUCGCCAUUUUGAAUGUAAACAAUCCGUGACCAUUGCAGUAACAGUACAUAACAAGCCUUAUGAUUGGCUGACGAUACCGAACUCAUUUUACAAGCUGAAUUUUUAUUGGUUCACCAUAAAUAGUAUCUCAUUAAAACUAAAAAUAUGCAUUAGAACCUUGUUAUUCUCCAGCGAAAGGCCAACCUCGAGUUAGAACCUUGUUAUUUUGUAUUUCCUACAAAAUCAGCUGAUUAUAAAGGUUCCAUCUUUUGUACCAUGAUAGAGGGGUUGAUUAACUUUAGCACAGGAGCAAUAACUCAUUUUUUUCAAAAAAUCGACUUAGAACAUUGUUAUUCUAAGGAGAGUUAUUGUUGACUGCGGCUGGUGAGUGCAGCAGCAGAGAAAACUAGAGAAUGCAUUCUCAACUAUUCCGCACAGCAAUAUUAGAUUUAGAAAUAUUUGACAGGAUCUGAGAGGGCCUUUGAAAUCUAUUAUAGUUCAAGCUUAACAGCUAUAUGAUUUUGAAUACCCCCUCUUCCUUUCACCCAUUUAAAGCUUGUGGUAGCUAUCAGAUUGUAACUCGAUUCCACUAGACACGAGAUAUGAGGAGUUAUUGUGUACAUUAUAUAUACAGUAUGUUUAUUUAUUUACUAUAAAAGUACUAUACGAUUUUAAGACGAUAUUGUUCAAGGGUAAACAGGUCUGAUUUAGUCAAAAGUUAAAACUGGACAUAUUAUGAGUUUUCUUGCUCCAACUUCCAAUAAAAUUAUUUGCUGUUUAGGUUCUCCGAUAACAUUAAGUUACUCUCAGCUUACUAUCGUGAUCUCUGACAUUUUAUUUGAUGGCACUUGUAAUCACUUUGUUUUAUUUUAAUCAGUGCUAUUCAUAUUUCUUUAUCUAGCUAAGAGAUUGCGAACUUGGCGCCACAUUGAAUAGAGAACUGAAACAACGUGUGAGAGCUGCUAAUUGGAUAACGGUACACAAACAAAUCAUGCGUAAUGAUAUCAAGAUGGCUGCAAAGAUUAUACAGAUUCUGGACAAAAAAUAUAAACUCUGGGAGGAUCCAGGAGAAGAAAAGAAAGAUGAGGAAAAAGAGGUUGGUCAUUUUUUUUUCUAUGUCAGUGUAGUUAAUAGAAAAAUAGGAGUACGUCUUUUGAAUUUUUAAAUUUUUAAACAUAUCUAAACAAGUGAAAAAUUAGAGUUCAAUUUCAAAUUGGAGAAAAUCUUCAUGUCAUAAGAGCCAUGAAAGUUAAAAUAAAUAAACUCACAUAUGACAGAAAGCUGCUUAUUCUAUAUUAAAUUUACAUUAAUAAGGUUUUUAAAAUAAUAUUUUGUAUAAGUAUCUCAAAAAAUGAAAGAAGUUCAUAUAUCACAUUUAUUUUCAGCCACAGUUUGGCUUUGUUUCCAAGAAUCCGGUGUUGAAAAAUAUAACUGAUUAUCUAGUUGAGGAAGGCAGCUUUGAAGAAGAUGAACUUAUUGGUGGGUACCAAUGUGUGGUUCAUUCCUGUCAUUGUCAUGACUGUCUAGCUUUUUGACAUUUAUCAUUCAUGUCAUUGUCAUGACUGUCAUAGCUUUUUGACAUUUAAACAAUAACAACCUAAACAUCUGUACUUAAUUUUCUGUUCUGUAUCUUUCAUUCUUCUGUUAUGCUCAAGAAGUAACUUCCUUUCAUUCUUCUGUUAUGCUCAAGAAGUAACUUCCUUUCAUUCUUCUGUUAUGCUCAAGAAGUAACUUCCUUUCAUUCUUCUGUUAUGCUCAAGAAGUAACUUCAUUUCAUUCUUCUGUUAUGCUCAAGAAGUAACUUCCUUUCAUUCUUCUGUUAUGCUCAAGAAGUAACUUCCUUUCAUUCUUCUGUUAUGCUCAAGAAGUAACUUCCUUUCAUUCUUCUGUUAUGCUCAAGAAGUAACUUCCUUUCAUUCUUCUGUUAUGCUCAAGAAGUAACUUCCUUUCAUUCUUCUGUUAUGCUCAAGAAGUAACUUCCUUUCAUUCUUCUGUUAUGCUCAAGAAGUAACUUCCUUUCAUUCUUCUGUUAUGCUCAAGAAGUAACUUCCUUUCAUUCUUCUGUUAUGCUCAAGAAGUAACUUCCUUUCAUUCUUCUGUUAUGCUCAAGAAGUAACUUCAUCUUAAUCUAAUAAACAGGAGAAACAGGAGAAGACAAAAAAGAUUCCAAUCCAGAAAUUAUAGUAGAAAAAGAUGAAUCUUUAAGUCAGGUAUGUUAUUAUUAAGUCAGGUUUUACUUCCGGGGGCGCUGCUCUGCAGGCGACUCGAUUGCACCAGUGCAUGUUUUCAGCUUUUCACGGUUUUACACGUUUUAUUUAAUAUGUAUUUUCACUCAGUUCAAAUGGAUGUUCUAAGGCUGAUUUUCUCGUGAGUUUUUUGUGGGAAACGGUUUUAAUUUGGACUUUUGAUAUUAAGUUACUCAGCAUAGUAAAGAAAUGUCACUUCCGCCAUUUCUGUAAACUUCCGCCAUACCAACAAAAAAAUGGCGAUCGAUUCACGACCUAUUCGAAGAAAGAGGGGCAGAAGGGGAGGCAUUCGUGUAAAAUGCAGAAACAGAUGACAGCGGGGCUUUCUUCCACCAGUUGUUUUGGGAAAUGUUAGAUCACUGUGUAACAAGAUGGAUGAACUGGACUGUUGCUGUAAGAAUUUCUAUUAAUUUCGCGAAAGCUCUUUAAUAUGCCUGACAGAAACAUGGCUUAUCGAAACGGUACCAGAUUCAGCAGUCGCAUUGGACGAAUUUAACCUUUUCCGUGCCGAUAGAACAACCAUCAGCGGGAAAUCCAAUAUAUAUUAACAAAAACUACUGUAGCAUGAACAAAAGUACAGUGAAACAUAUAGUUUGUACACCCGACAUAGAACUACUCUGCAUUACUUUAAGGCCAUUUUACCUACCAAGGGAGUUCAGCAAAUCUGUAUCAUCCUUACUUACAUUCCACCUAAUGCUAACAAGGAGCAGGCUACUGAGGGACUUUUGGAUGUAAUUCAUGAUUUUGAAACAAAAAAUCCAGACUCCGUUCGUCUUGUUAUGGGGGACUUUAAUCAAAUAUCACUGAAUAAAUCCAUGCCAACUUACACCCAGUAAGUUAUUUGCCCCACGCGACAAGACCGAACUCUGGAUGUGUGUUAUGGUAAUAUAAAAAAGGCCUACACAUGUUGUGCUUUAUUUCCACUUGGAGAAUCCGAUCACAUAAUGGUCCGCCUAACGCCAUGCUAUUAGUCAUUUUUAAAAACAACAAAAAUUCAAACAAAAACUAUUGAACUGUGGUCAGAUGAGGCGACAGAAAAACUUGAAGCCUGCUUGAAAUUUACAGACUGGGACACGUUUAUAAAUACUUGCCCGGACAUUGACGAGCUAACAAACACCGUCAAUUCCUAUAUUAAGUUCUGUGUAGACGAAAUUAUUCCCAAAAAAACAAUCCAAGUAUUCAACAACAAACCCUGGAUGAGCAGAGAAAUAAAGGAGGCCAUCCACCACAAGAAGAACAUGUUUAAGAUUAACGAUCAGAUAUUCAUUAAAGCUAAACAAAUAUUGAAGGAAAAAAUAUAUCAGGGUAAAAAACAAUACAAGCAAAAAAUCAAAAAAUGAUUCACUACUAACAAUUCAAAGGCUUGUUGGGCAGGACUAAAGCAAAUAACAGGGUAUACUCCUAAGUGAGAAUCUUUUUCCCAUCUUUUUCUUUGUCUUCCUCUUCUUCUCCCUCCUCUUUAUGGUGCCCUGCAUUAUUUCUUUGGAAAGCCCUUGUUUCCUUGUUACGUGGCCGUACCAUUGUAGUUAGUGUUUUUUCACAGUCACCAGUAGGUCAUCGUACUCCCCAAUUGCCCGGCGAACCCUUUCCUUCACUGUAUCAUUGGAGAUAUGGUUCCUAUAGCAGAUGCCAAAAAUGCUUCUGAAGCAUCUCAUCUCCAUCGCCUUUAUUUUCCUUUCAAGAUCGGCUGUUAAUGUCCAGGAUUCGCAGGCAUACAGGAAAAUGGAGAGGACUAAUGAGCGCAUCAGCCUGAUUUUGGUGCUGGGGGCUAUACUUUUGUCAUUCCAUAUUUUCUUGAGCCUCUUUAGUGCUGUUGUAGUCUGCGGAAUCCUGGACAUCAGUUCGGGCUUGGAGCCUUCUUCUUUGACUAUUGCUCCUAGGUAUUUGAAGCAGCCUACAGUCUCUCCUCCACGACCUUAAUUUCAGUGGUGAUGCCUGUGGUGUUAUUUGUCAUCAGUUUUGUCUUUUCAGCACUGAUUAGCAUGCCUUAGGACGAAGAGGUCUUAUCGAGACGCUUUACCAGGUUGGCUUGAUCUUCUUUGUUCUAUGUCGUCCGCAAAGCGUAGGUUGGUGAUUGUUCUGCCACCAAUGCUGACUGUCCCUUCUUGCGCUUCCAGAGCAUCUGACAUAAUUCUCUCUAAGAAGAUGUUGAAUAGGGUGAGGGAGAGCAGGCAGCCUUGCAGCCUUGUCGUACUCCAACCAUUAAUAAUAAGCUAACAUGGCAUGAGCAUGGUUAAAUGCUGUAUAAGAAAUUUAACCAAAGACUGUUCUACCUAAAAAAACUGUACAAUUUCGGCGUAAACAAGCAAGUCGUUAACUUAUUCUACAGUGUAACAAUUGGAAGCCUUCUUAAUUUCAGUAUUACCUGCUGGUGUUGGAACUCAACGUCUGAUAUUAAACACCGCAUAAACCGACUAAUCAAGAAAGCUAGGAACAUAACACAAACUAAACAUCCUUCACUUGAAGAACUAUUUGAAGAAAGAUGUUUUUGUAAAACUAAACACAUUUUGGAUGAUACAUCCCACCCUCUUCAUCUUAGAUACUUAGGAUCGGGCCGUUCGGGACGAAUUCUUUCCAUCAUGGCAAGGACUGACAGAUAUAAAAAUUCUUUUGUUCCCCAAUCAGUAUGAAUUUACCGGCGUGCUUCCUCUGAAGUCACACAUUUGAAUGUGAACUAAUAAGUCCGCGAUUUUGCUAAGAGAACUCACUGAAUGGCUGUUUAUUUUUAUUAUAAAUGUCUUGUUUUCAAAUUGUUUUAUUUUUUGUGCUGAAAAUGUGUAAUGCAAUCAAAAAACAUUUCCAUUUAUUUGGAUCAAUAAAAGAAUCUUAUCUUAUCUUAAGUAAUUUAUGAUUUUUUUAUACUUUAAGCUAUAUUUUUUUUUCAGGCAAAGGACAAGAAAGAAUAAACACGUUUAUAAAAGAGAAAAUUAAGUUUGAACAAAAUGUCUCCCAACUUUUUCAGGCUUUGGACAGAAUGGUUUUGUACCUGAGACUUGUGCAUUCCAUAGACUACUACAGUGCUAAUGAAUAUCCAAAUGAAGAUGAAAUGCCCCACAGAUGUGGCAUCAUGCAUGCUCGUGGCACCCCACCUGGAGCUGGAAAAAUUACCCAAAAUGAGGGCGAGUCCUUUUUUUUUUACCCAUAUUUAACUUUUAUAAAUGCUAAGAUGUCCAACUAAGGCUUACAAAAUGUAGCUUAUUCUUUUAUCUGGUUUUAUUAUGUUGAAGAAGAGUUAUGGAAGUUGUCAUUAAUAAUAUGAAUUACAAACUUGACCUUUGGUAUUUUAAGAAUCUUUUGUAGUCACAACUUUAUUAUUUAUAUUUUUGUUUUCAGUGUCACUUUAUGAUGAUUAUGUUUUUUUUUUGAGUUAACUUUAGAAUCAACUUAGUCUCAACACUGUCAUUAUUAACUAGAUAAGAUAAUUUUGUUUGUUUUUAAAAUGUCCCUCACUCAGUAAAUGAAUGGGUGAGUAGCUUUGAGAAGAAACUAAAGCAGUUCUUGGAAGCAUCUCAACAAAUUACAGACACAGAGGCCACACAAAUAGGCAAGAAAGAUCCUGAUGCAUAUCCUUGUUUAACUCGAUAUAAAUCAAUAGAGUAGCUUUAUGAAUUAUUUAUGAUUACAUUACUUUUGUGUGCAGGAUAAAUCCAAAUUGCUGUAUUUUUUUGUUUCAAAUACUGGAACCUUCAUUUGACUUAGAAUUUGUAAUGCUUUCAACAAUUUUUUCCCUGUACUUUUCUGUAAAAAUUUAUAUAUAUAUAUAUAUAUAUAUAUAAAAGGUCAAACACUGAUUCUCCAUCCAAAUUUUUAAGAUGUAGUUUCUAUUUUAAGCUUAUUAAAAGCUAUAAAAAUCACACCUAUUGUUGUGAGCGAGAAUUGUUGUGAAUGUUGUGUAGGGGGAGUCGUUAAUCGUGGGAGUGUUUUGUGAGUUGUGGUCGUGGGGUCAGAGCGUGAAAGUUAGUCCGUGGUGUGGAACGGUUGCGUAGGCUGAGUUGUUUGUGGGGGUAUUAUAAAAGGGAAGUGUGUUAGCUAGAGGUCAGUCAGAGUCAGUGAGAGACAGUCAGAGAGCAAGAGAAUUGUUAGUUGUCAGAGGAUUGUCAGUUAGGAGUUAGAGUGAAGUGUAUCCUGUUGUAUAAAGUAUCUAAUAAACAUUCUAUAUAUAUAUUGUUACAUGGGACCUUUGCGUUUUAUGUGAAAGAGUGAUACACCCUAGACAAAGCAAGAGAGAGCCGUAACAUUUGAAGAAUAACCAAGGUCGUAACAUUUCGAGUACUAAAAGAAGGUUUUAACACCUAUGUAUGUAAUUCCAUCUGUGUGUGAGUAAACAAUACGCAUCUUUAUAUAGAACAAAGGACAAGCCAGCUUCCAUUUUUUUAAAGUGGCAGAACUAGUGGCAGAUGGAGAUAAAGAUUUGAUUCCUUAAUUCUUAAGUACAGAGGUUGAGAAAUUUGUGCAGGCCAACACACAGGAACUAUCCAAGGAUAAGUGGUUAUGUCCGUUGUCUGGGAAAAAAUUCAAGGGCCCAGACUUUGUAAGGAAGCACAUCUUCAACAAACAUCAGGAGAAAAUAGAGGAGGUCAAACAAGAGGUAUGUGGUCACAUGUGUAACCUUUUAAAUAAGUAUACAUUGUUUAAAAUGAACAUUUCCAUGAUUCAAGUUUAAAAAUCUAAGUUUUAGUUACUGUAUCUAAUUAUUUUUACCCUCUAUUAAGCAUUUUUUGAAAACUUUAUACAGACCUACAAGUAUUCACAUUUUCAAAACUUAAUGGGCCACUGAUCAAACAUUUGUGGGACAAAAAAUAAUCUCAAACCAACAAUAAAUAUUUUGCAUAAUCUAAAUUCAAAGCUAUGUUUAUCUUUUCUUCAGAUAUCUAGAUCUCUUUAAUAAGUUGUAACAUUUGUAAAAAAAAAAAUAAUUUAAUCAGUCUCAGCCUGAUAAAAAGCUUAAUUUGGGAGCAACAACAUGUCACAGCCAGCCCUGCCUACCCCACCUCACAUCAGCUUUUGCUGCAUUCUGCUUGUUAAGGUGCCUGGCAGCCUAAUCAUUAUGCACACGACAAGUUUUCUGCCAACUCAUUUCAAGGUCACUCUGAAUGGAGACAUCAAAAUUUAGCACCGCUUUCCAAGCCCUUGGAGAGGUUUAUCGGCAAAUAUGGAUGAUGAAACUAUUCAUCAGACUGAUUGUAGAAUCUCUUAAAAAUAAGCUGAAAUGAAUUUAUAUUUAUUUCCCUAUUGUUGGAGACAAAAUUUGACUUUAAAUAUGUGUACUAGUUCAUCAAUUUAAAUAAACAAAACGUGUAUGUUUCCUAAUGGACGAGAGGGUUUACAUUAAAAGUAGGUUUGGUAUUGUUAAAAACGCAACAAGUAUAUCUAUACAAAUAUUAUGGUUAUGCUAAAUUAAAGACUAUCUUUUAAAAUUCCUGUUGGGGCUUCGUUUGACAUUUUGUUUUACUUGUGCAUUGCAAUAAAUCUUUUAUUAUUUUCAUGAAAUUUUAACAGGUAAAGUUCUUCAAUAAUUACCUUGUAGACCCCAAACGUCCAUCUCUCCCUGAACAUCCCAGCAACAGACCCAAACCACCACCCCCUGCCCCUUCUCCUCAACCCCAACUAACGAUGGCUCAGCAGCGCACUGAUCAGUAUGCCUUUACAUCACCUGUAACCAUGGGUGGAUUCGGAGGUGCCAGACCACAGGCCUUUGGUGGCAAUGGUGCCGGAGCUACUGGUAGGUAACUACAAACAAAGCUAUUGAGACUUCCGAGAAACCAGAGUAUUUCAUUCUUUCUUGAAAGAAUAAAAAAAGCUAUUGUGGGAUUGCCGAAAAGCUGUUGAAGAUAACUAUAAUUAGAAAUUGUACAGUUCUGUGUCGCAUUUGGAACUAUCAAGUUACUUCAUUGUUUUUUUGCCCCAUGAACUUUCAAAAGCAAAGGAACUGUAAAAAAACAAAGGUGCUGUGGUGUCAACUCUGUUUAGUAACUUUGCUAUGUAUCACUAACAUACCCUAAACUUGUAGAAAAUGUAUCCAAAGACCCAUAGAAGUGUAAAUAUUCUGAAAGUAAAUUAGACAUGGAAUUGUAUGGUAUGACUGUUGAAAUUCCGUGAGGUGUGUGAAAUGAAUAUAACCUUGACCUUCAACACAGAGAACAAUGAUGCAAUUGUUCAUCUUUCUUUAACUCACACCCACACUGAUUGUUGGAUCCUUUUAUCUUCUAAAUAAAUUUUUCAUACACAUAAAACAUUAUUCUUUCAGUUUAGAAAUAUAAAAUUAUUUGGGCUUGUAGUAUUAAAAAAAAAUGUUUUUUUAUUAAAAUUCUGGUGACUAAGAUAUUUAAAAAAAAUAAAUUCAUUAUUAUUGCCUUCUUUUCCACCACUUCUAUUACAGUUGUAUGUCUAAAUUUUCACCAGCUUGAAUAAUGCCCAAAAAACAAUAGUCAAACUCACUUUCAUCAACAAAUAAUUAAAAUAACUUGGGUUGGUUUUUUUGUAGGGCCAACAACUGAGUCCUACAAGUUAGUUUAAACACACAAAAAAAAAAAUCAGAAAAUUCAGCUCCUUUUCAAAUAAAAAAAAAAAUGAACACAUUAAAUAUUUUCCUUAAAUAGAUUUAUUCCCCUUUUUAAAAAAAAACGUAAACUUCUGAUUGGCACUUAUAAUAUUACUUUAAGUAGAGGCCGAUUAUUUCGGCCCUAACACCACAGACUCAUCCAUAAUGGCAGAUCAUCGGCUGUUAUGACAGCUCGUGGGUUAAAGGUAUUUUUGAAGGAAGCAGUUUAAUGUUUUGGAAACAGUUUUAAAACUUUUUGAACUUUAUACGAACCAAGUUUGAUUUUCCUGUCAUUCGGUGAUAGAUAACUUCUAUUAGAUCAACCUCAACUCAAGUCUGUAAUAAUUCUUUUUUUUCCUCUUGAUUCUUGCAGCUUACCAAAGUCCUUUCCCAGUGAGAGACUCUCGGCCUAGCCCUGACACAUUCAGGAGAACAAACUUUGCUGGGGCAACUAGACCGUAUCAUCGUUCUGAUCCCCGGCAGCUGGUUCAUUACACAGACUUAGAUGCUCCUGAUGAUGGAGAUAUAUUUUAAUGAUCAAUGCACACCAAAUCAAGCAGGACAUUUCCCAUCUCCUUCAUAUCUCAUGAGCAAUUUUUAUUUUUUAAUUAGAUAUGCCUUGAAAUGUUUAGUUAUAUGUUUGCUGAUAAGUGUGAGCGUCUUAUAGAUUAAAAAAUUUUAGUGUAGGAAGCCAGCAGAAAUCUUCAGUCUGUUUAAGAAGGGAAAUACUUCACUGCUGAAUUGCUUUUAUCUGUAAUUACAAUGUAAUGUUUAACGCUAGUUUUCUAGUAUCGUUAACAAUUUUUUCUGAAUUAUUAUUUACAUUAUUAUUGUAUUUCUAUCUUUACUUGUAAGUCCAUCUGAUGACAACCCCAUUCAGAUGACAACCCCAUUCAGUAAAGCUUCAAAUACAAACACUAGAUCUCUUUUUUUUUUAAAUGUUGUGUCUGUUGUCUUACCGAUGCACUUGCCACUGGUUUUAACAUAAUUAAAUGAUAGCAUAGCGCAUAGUUUGAAAAAUAACCUCUAUCCACAUGGAAUGAAACCACACCACCACCACCACCACCACCACCCCCAGUGAAAACUGAGAUAAUAAUACAAGACAGGGGAACUAAAUAACUUUGUCAUAUAGAUGAUAUUGAUUUCACUUUGCUAAUUUAUAUAGAGGAAUCUGUUGGUAUUACUACAGCAAGCAAAUUAACUGAUCAAUUAUCUAUCAUUACGUGUAAAUUGCUAUCUAAUUCAUCUUCUGGGGCCAUUUUUUACAAUGUUAAAAAAAAAACUUUAAAUCUGAUGAAAAUUGGACUUGAAAUGUUAAAUAAGCUGUUUUAAUUUCCAUGUUGAGAUUUAUCCAUGAUGUAAACAUGUUAGAAUUCAUUAAUUUUUAUUGUUGUAUUUUCAUAUACCAACCGAUUGGCGUUCUGUGGAUAUAAAGGUUAAAAUUAGUCAUCGGUGUGCUGAUAAAGUGUUAGCUACAGACGCAAAUUUUAUUUUUAUGAUAAUUUGUAUUGGGAUUCAACAUUUUCUUGCCACCCUCUGAAAUGCCGUCUCACACCUCCUGAGAACUCUUGAUCACCUUUAAUUCACACCCUUGCAAACAUGUGGCUUAAAGUUAAAAUAUAAUGUCCAUUAAACUUAGCGUCUCCAAGAGCCUUGCCAAACCUUUCAUUCUCGUGUCAUAAUUCCUUUAUGAUAAUUAUGCAUGAAAUAAUGUUAUUUAUAAAUUUACAAGUUGACUCAUGUGGCCCCCUUCAAGCUUAUUGAUUGAUCUUUACUGUUCAUUGAUUGAUUAUAAAAAAGAAUUUCAAGUCACUGUUGUUUUUUAACUGAAAAUGUUGAGGUGGAGUACUUGUGUAUUAUAUUAUAGGCUAUAAUGUCUGCAUUAUUGAUGUGACCAAAAUGUCAGUAAGAAAAAAUAAUUAAAUAUAACAUUAACAUUGAUAAUUUGAUUGCUGAAUGUUUUAUUCUGCUAAAGAAUUUAUCAGAACAGUUUAAUGCUGAUUUAAUCUAUUCCACUAUUGCAUUUAAUUAAUUAACCAUCAAUUAUUCUGUACUUGAUUAAAGUGCUUGUAGAGAUGAUGAGCGCGAUAUUAAAGUGGUUGUAGAAAUGAGCGCAUGACACGCUGCUUGGGUCCAGUUCUAGUGAUGGGUUUCCUAAAUGUGCCCCCUCCCCCCUUUCUGAAAAUUGUUCAGACCUUUCUGAAGCAUUGCAACAUAUCCAUAAAAUUUAACAUGACACACAUUUUAAAAUUAGUCAUUGAAAUCAAAUUAGGAUUGAAUGGUAUGUUACUGGAAAUUGAUGAUAGUAAUCACAUUAGAUUUUAUUUUUGAAAAACUUAGGAAAAAUUUCCUUUUAAUGGAAAAUUAGUGGUCUUUUAUGUCAAAAUUUUAAUGUCCUGUUUAUUUGAAAGGUAUGAGUUACAUCCCAUGUCCAGAUUUUUCUAAAGGAGUUGAUUUUGUUAAAAUGUCUUUUACCCAAUCUGUGAAGUUUUAAUUGAACCAAGUAUUUGUUUUUCUGAGGUCUUGACACUUCUAGGCCAAUGUCUGUCACUUUUCUUGUAUUGAAAUUCAUAAUUCUAUGUUUGUUUUUUUAAAAAUAAAAUUAAAUAACUUGAAACAAUUA